CUUUGCACAUGCAAAUUUGCAUACAGCCUUUUGUGCUGUGGAGUAUAAAUAAGGGACUGCUUCACCUAUUUAGUUCACAAGAAACAAAAUGCAGACGAGGUGCACCACUCAGAAGGCAUUGGAACUGAUUCAGAGCAGUGCCAGCCCUUGGGAUUCAGAUGGAGAAGACAUAGACCUUCAACCGGAUUCGGACUCUGAGCUGUCUUCAGAUGAGGAGACUCUCCCUCCACCACAAAAGAGAGCUCGUUUGGGGAGUGAGCCGUCACAGACCGCGAAAGAUGGCACAGUGUGGCGUGAAGAAGAAGUGGGGACACAUCUCGAUUUCACUCCAAUAGAACCGUACGCCACAGAUGGAGAGCCAAGCGCUGAGGCCAGAUGAAGUAUCCAGAGUCGCCUUCAGAGCUUCCUCUGUUUUAUCACUCUUGACAUGCUUCGUAGCAUUCAAGAAUGGACAACUCAACAUGCACGUCACACGGAGCAGCAGGAUUGGUUCAUGGAUCUCCCGGAACUAAUGGCAUUUAUUUCCGUCGUCAUCUUGCGGGGGGUGAACAAGGUUCCAUCACUAUGUGACAGCUGGUCAGCAAACCUGGGAAACCCAAGGAUCAUUGCAACUAUGGCCCGAAGCCGCUUCCAAAACAUCAUGCGACACCUACGCUUUGAUGACAUGCUUACACGCAGUGAGCGAGCGGAGACCGAUAAGUUUGCUGCAAUCUCCGAUGUUUGGGGAUCGUUUGUCACUAACUGCAUCGCAUCCUACAACCCUGGUCGACACAUCACUAUUGAUGCACAGCUUUAUCCAUCAAAGGCUCGCUGCUGUUUCCUGCAAUACAUUGCAACAAAACCGGACAAGUUUGGCAUCAAGUUUUGGGUGGCUUGCGACUUGAAAUCACAGUACAUCUGUAAUGCCUUCCCAUAUCUUGGCAAGGACCCCAGUCGUCCCAGCGGGGAGAGACUGUCCGAGACUGUAGUGAUGAGGCUGAUGGAACCGUUCAUGGACAAGGGCAGAACUGUAACCACGGACAAUUUCUUUACAUCACUGUCACUUGCACAACGACUGCUUAGCCGGAAAACCACUAUCCUCGGCACAGUCAACGAGAGAAGCCGGGAAAUUCCUCAGUCCGCUAGACAGAUGGAUCGCACUGAAUUCACCACUCAGGUGUUUUCAACCACUGGUGCCACGCUGACAGUGUAUGCGCCCAAAAGGAAGAAGGCCGUUUACGUUCUCAGCAGCAUGCACAUGUAGCGUAGCUGACUCUGCGUUGUGUCUUGUAGAAGAGUGACCACAGCCAGACCACAGCUGAUUGGAAAUCACUUUUAAUGAUCCUGCAUUCAAAUGGCAGAAAAUAGUACUCAAGAACAGGCUUUUCUUUUCACAGUGUUCCACAGCGCCUUCUCCCACGGAAUCCGAACAGAAAGAGCGUGUGACUUGUGUAAAGUAACACAUUUACCUUGCAAAAUAAAAACAAUUGCAACACUAAUUAAUAACUAAGCCCAAACAUGGACAUAAUAAUCUUAAACAGUACAUGAAUAAGAAAAGAAAUAAUUAAACAGAAUAAUUAAACCAAAUAAUCCCAC